AUGAAGUUUUUUAUGCCACAUGCAAGAAUGGUGAGAAACUCUAUGAAAACUUAUGGAAAACAGAAGCAUACCUCAGAAAACCGUUCAAUUCAAAAGCCCACUUUGCUGGAAAGGAAGCUUGGGAAUAUCUCGGAAGAUUGCCUCUAUCUGAAUGUGUUCACACCGGUGUGGAGUCCCAGCUCAGCGUCGGGUUUCGCAGUGCUCGUCUUCAUUCAUGGAGGUGGAUUCGUCAGCGACAGCACCACCAAGUAUGGAGACGUCGAAAUCUGCAGGCACUUAUGUACGAAAGACGUCGUUGUGGUUACUGUUCAAUACCGUGUUGGAUUCCUCGGCUUCUUUUCCACUGGAGAUGAGUAUUGUCGUGGAAAUUUCGGUCUAUGGGAUCAAAUCCUCGCCCUCAGGUGGAUCCAGGAAAAUAUUUCAUUUUUCAACGGCGAUCCAAGCAAUGUGACAGCGAUGGGUCAAUCAAGUGGCGCAGGCAAUGUAGACCUGCUGAGCAUCUGUCCCGCUUCCAGAGAUCUCUUUCAUGGAGUGAUCUUGAUGAGUGGCAACGCAAGCUGUGAAUGGGCCAUACACCACAACAUAUUGGAGCGAUGUCGGAAGUUCGCCGAGAAGAAUGGUCGUGGUAUCAACGUCCUCGGAAUAUUACGUCCACUUCCUGCUUCAAAGUUUGCUGUCUCAUUGAUGGAUACGUUGAACAUGUCAGAAUGUGUUGUUGGACCAUGUAUUGAUGGUGAUCUCAUUCCUAAGAAUGUUAGCGAAUUACGGAAAGAGGCUCCAACGAAGCCUAUGAUAAUCGGCUGCUGUUCAUCGGAGGGCCUAAUUUUCCUUACAGUCCUACGAGAGAAGCCGUCGGUGGAUACAGUUAUGGAGAAUGUGGCGCUAAUAGUCCCGGAAAUUGAUUACCCUAUCGUGUUCAAGAAGUUACGAAAUGAGAAACUUUUGAAUGGAAAUAAAUUAAAGGUACUUGGUGAUCUUUUCAUCAACAUCGCAAUUCAACGAACUGUUCUCGAUGGGCUGGAGACACACAGUGCACCAGUGUAUUUCUACUCAUUCGACUACUACAACCCUAAAAGUUGGGGGCCUCUCUCACUAUACUUCCGUUGGCCUUUUAAAGAUUCGUCUCACUGCACUGAUCUGACAUACGUUUUUGCUGUUGGAAUCCACUGGGAUUUCCAGUUUAAUGAAGAUGACAAGAAGAUGUUGGAGCUCACAACCAGAAUGUGGACAAAUUUUGCUAAAUAUGGAAACCCGAAUGGAUUCUUCGGCGACUCAGCCUCGUCACUCCACCAACUAUGUGGUGAAGAUUUUUCUUGGGAGCCGACCACUGAAUGCAAUCCACAAAAACACCUGUCGCUGAAGUUACGCCCGGAAAUGAAUGAGCAAUUCAAGAAUGGAAGGCCGUUGUUCAUCGUUCAAAUGCAGAAAAACAAAUCAAUGCCGAAGGAAAUAUGA